UAUAAAUCAACAUGAGCAAGAGAGCAAGAGGAGGAAGAUCCGGCACCAAGGCUAAAAUCUCAUGCGGACUGCCAGUCGCCGCUUUGAUGAACUGUGCCGACAACACCGGUGCUAAGAAUUUGUACGUUAUCGCUGUCGCAGGAACCCAGGCCAGACUCAACAGAUUGCCUAAAGGUUCUGUCGGAGAUAUGGUCCUCGCUUCAGUAAAGAAGGGUAAGCCAGAUUUGAGAAAGAAAAUUCACCCAGCCGUCAUCGUCAGACAGAGAAUGCCUUUCAUCAGAAAAGAAGGCUACCAUAUUUAUUUCGAAGACAACGCAGGAGUAAUUAUUAACCCCAAGGGAGAAAUGAAGGGUUCUGCUAUUUCAGGUCCAAUUGCUAAGGAAUGUGCUGAACUGUACCCAAGAAUUGCAUCCAACGCUUCCUCAGUUGUUUAAGCAUUGAUGUAACGAUGUAGUUCAACUUCCUAAGAACGCUUCAUAAUAAGAAUGACUUGAGAAUUUGCUGG